AUGGCUGCUGAAAAAAUGAAUGGUGGAAAUGAUGACUUAAAGAACCGAAUAUGUUCUCAACAUUCAGACCGGAAGUUUGACAUGGUUUGCAUCACGUGCAAGGACGAGCCUAUAUGUCGGAAAUGCGUUAGUACAACGCACAUUAAACACACGUGCGCAGAAAUGGAGGGAUACUACGAUACAAAGAAGGAGUCAUUUCUGCGAUUAGUACAAAAAGCUGACGGUAAAGUUAAAGGAAUGGAUGGAAAGUUGAAAAGGCUGAAAAAACUUCAGGACCAAAACCAAAAAUCUAUUGAUGAAACGGUCAAUGAAGUGAGAGUGAGAGGUAGGGAACUGAAGAAUAAAAUUGAUAAAAUUACAGAAAACUUAAUAGACGAGUGUAAAGCUGUUGGGACUCAAAACGAUAACGUCAUGGGAAAACUAGAGGAAACACUUGAAAAGUCAAUGAACGACCUGAAACAAACGAUUCAGAAAUGCAAAAUAGUGAUAGGAUGUGAGAAAUUCGAGGAAUAUGCCUUGAUGGAACGAAAUCUGAGAUCACUAGUCCUCCGAAAACCAGAUCAACUUCCGGUUCUUAACACUCCAAAAUUGUCUUCCAAUGUGGAAAAUUCAAGUAGUGAACAACUCCAGAACGCGUACGGAUCCAUGAGCAAGAAAGAAUGGCGACUCGAUAAAAUGGGGUUGGCAGAAGAGGAUUACACACCUGUUGUCAACCAACCAGCUCAAAAGCCAACGAAACUCUUCACCGUGUCUGUUCUGGCGUCAUUUGAGCUAUCAGCUCAAAAGUACAUCCGGUCAGUGUGGCCAGUGGACGAGCACAAGUCGUGGGUAAUUUGCGGCGGAAGUAACGAGGCCCACUUAGUUUCUGCCAAAGGUGACAUGGUGCAGACAUCAAAGGUGGACGAUGGUGUUUGGAUUACGGACGUGACAUGUACAGCGGACGGAAACAAAACAAUGGUCUGCUGCGGGGACGGCAGUAUUAGAGAGAUAUUGCCCAGUGGAGAAUGCAAAAUCAUGUUCCACACAGAAUGCUACGCCAACAGUCUGAGCGAGUCGGAACAAGAGGGAUGCGUGACCGUCUGUCGUCAUCGGGAACAGAAUCUCGUGAGAGUAACGCACAAGGGCAAAAUCAUGCAGACGAUUAAUUUCGGCGCGGACGGAAAACCGCUGUUUUGCAAACCAGUUUGCAUACGUGUUAACAGAAGCAAUGGUGAUAUGGUGGUGUUGGAAGCCAAUUCCCCACGUCAUGUCGUAUUGUUUGACAAAGAUUUGAAGCUUCUCGCUCGUUAUCAAGGGAAUACCGAUUAUUCUGGACAACUAGCCGAAAACGGCGCGGAGCAGGACGAGUUCCAGCCUUGGGAUGUUUGCUUUGACCGUCAAGGUAAUGUCAUGAUCGCAGACGGUCGGACUAAAUCUUUGAUUCUGAUCGACAGACAUGGACAGACGAUACGAACACUGUUUGAUGAUGAUAUCGGGCCGACAUGUAUGGGCAUGUGCAAAAAUGGCGAUAUGUGGGUCGGCUUUGAUUACGGCAAUGUCAAGGUCAUACGAUUUAAUAACUCAACGUAG